UGUGCGCGCGCACGUGUGUGUGUGUGAGAGAGAGAGAGAGAGAGAGAGAGAGUACAGAACAGGAGCACUGGACCCAAGGCUGACUCUCAUUAACAUAUCAAAAUGGCUUUUCAAUCGCUGUCAUUCUUCUUAGCUAAUGUGAUUGACCAGAGCGGAAAUAAGCAGUGCUGAAUCACCGGGGAGCCACGAGCCUCGCGCAUUACCGUCCCGUUAUUUAAGAUGCUACUUCAAGACGGCUAACUUGGACUAAAACAUUUGAAUUUUAUAAAACUGACUGACAGUCUAGUCAUCGUCAAAGUCCUCCUUCUUUCUACCAAAUUCUUAGCAAAAUGGCCACGUAUAGUCCUGCAUCGACAGAAGAAUCAUCCCCAGAGGUAACCAAUGGUAACCUGAAGGGAAGUGGCUCUCAGGAGUCAAUGAAACUGAAGAAAGAGAUCUCCCUGAUCAAUGGUGUCUGCCUAAUUGUGGGGAACAUGAUUGGUUCAGGCAUCUUUGUCUCACCUAAGGGUGUGCUGAUUUAUAGUGCUUCCUAUGGCUUAUCCUUGAUAGUGUGGACAAUUGGUGGAAUUUUCUCAGUGUUCGGGGCCCUGUGCUAUGCCGAAUUGGGAACCACAAUUACCAAGUCUGGAGCCAGUUAUGCCUACAUCCUGGAAGCGUUUGGAGGUUUCUUGGCCUUCAUUCGUCUGUGGACAUCACUCCUCAUCAUCGAGCCCACCAGUCAGGCUGUGAUAGCUAUCACCUUUUCCAACUACAUGGUGCAGCCUAUCUUCCCUACAUGUAUUGCACCUUAUGUGGCCAAUCGCUUGUUAGCUGCAGCAUGCAUAUGUUUGCUGACCUUUGUGAACUGUGCCUAUGUGAAAUGGGGGACUCGUGUACAGGACCUUUUCACUUAUGCUAAAGUCAUCGCUCUCAUUGCUGUUAUCAUCACAGGCCUGGUCAAGAUAUUCCAGGGCUACACACAGAAUUUUGAGGGGCUGUUUGAAGGCUCGUCACAGGACCCUGGUGAUGUGGCUCUGGCUCUAUAUUCAGCUCUGUUCUCUUACUCUGGCUGGGACACCCUCAACUUUGUCACUGAGGAAAUCAAAAACCCUGAGAGGAACCUGCCACUGUCCAUUGCCAUCUCCAUGCCCAUUGUGACAGUGAUCUAUAUCUUGACCAAUGUGGCCUACUAUACUGUUCUGCCAAUCCCUGCUAUUCUGGACAGUGAUGCUGUAGCUGUGACAUUUGCAGAUCGAGUAUUUGGGAUAUUUAACUGGACAAUCCCACUCGCUGUUGCAUUGUCCUGCUUCGGAGGAUUAAAUGCAUCGAUCUUGGCUGCCUCAAGGCUGUUCUUCGUGGGCUCCAGAGAGGGCCACCUGCCUGACUACCUGUGCAUGAUUCACGUUAGCCGUUUCACCCCUAUCCCUGCCCUGCUCUUCAAUGGUGCCAUGGCUUUGGUGUACCUGUGUGUGGAGGACAUCUUUAAGCUGAUCAACUACUACAGUUUCAGCUACUGGUUCUUUGUUGGUCUGUCCAUCCUGGGUCAGCUAUACCUACGCUGGAAACAGCCAGACAGACCACGCCCACUGAAGCUCAGUAUUAUCUACCCGAUUGUUUUCUGCCUUUGCACCAUCUUUCUUGUGGUGGUCCCACUCUAUAGUGACACCAUCAACUCUUUGAUUGGCAUCGCAAUCGCCCUAUCAGGAGUUCCUGUCUACUUUCUGUGCUGCUAUACACCAGCAUCCCGUAGGCCACUGUGGCUUCGCAAAUUUAUUGCAUCAUCCGGCUUGCUGAUUCAGAAGGUUUGCUUUUGUGUGCUUACUGAGAUGGACACAGAUGAAGGAAAAAUGCAGUAGAAUGGGACUCAGAGACAUGGCUUUAUGGUACAGAGAUUUCCCCAUGAUGUAGCUAAAAUAAUUGACGGGUAACACUGUCAAUCACUGUAGGUCAUUUGACUGAUGUAACAAGCUCUUAUGGGACUAUUUUAUGCAGAUAUGAAUGAUUCUUUAAAAAAAAAAAUACACAUUCACUGUGGGGGGAAAAUAAAUGUUAAUUUCCUAUUAUAAAUAGUAUAUGUUGACUUCCACUUGUUUUCAAGUUCUCAGGAUUCUCAGGACUUACUGUCCAUGUCCUAAAUUUAGGAUAGAAGGCACCAAAGAGGUCUGCGGUUUUAUACUAGAAAGUGGGAGUAUAUAAACCCACAAGGAAACAACAGCGGCAAUUAGAACAAUAGCAAUGAUAACACUACAACAACAGUGAAAUACACAACAUUGUGGGAAACAGGACUAUGACAUAGAUUUAGAUAAUAUUCUUUACAGUUGUCAGUAUAUCAAUAUGUUCAAAAUACUGCCAAAGGUUUGAUAUCUUUAUAAUAUUCAUGAGGAGUUUAACAGAACAAAACAAUCUGCACUCAUAACUAAAGAGCUACAAUGUAAAGGGAAUUUUGCUAAAGGUAAUGUUUUUUUUAAAACGUUAGACACAAAUAGACUACGAAACAUCUCACCAGUGUCCUUAACAUGCUUGAUGAAAUUUCAUGUUUCCACCAAAGAUUAAAACUUCUAAUUGUGAUUUUAUUCACAGCAUUUGCUAAACCUGAAAUCAAAGUUUCAUUUUUAAAUCAAUUUUAAAAUAAUUUAUAAUCAAAGUAAAAUGUGAAUAUUUUGGUAACCCUAUAAGUUGUUUUGGGACACACUUUAUACUUUAAUGGAAUAUGAAAUUCAAUGUAUUUUAUAUUUUGCUAGUUUUUCCACUAUAAUAUAUGCCAGCACUGUAAGUAUUGGGUUAUUUUGGUCAGUUUAUCAAAGAGCAGUAUUCAAAUGUGAAAUUAUUUAAAAAUGCAAAGCCUGCCAUUAAAAGAAGAUAUGAUUUGUAUUAAAGCUUCAGAUUUAUUUAUGUGCAAUGGAUUUUAAAUAAAGGUUCUUCUAAUUAUG